GGUACAAAAAAGGGGAGAUAUUGAGUGAGAGGGGAAAAUAUUAGGACAAACAGGGGACGAGCGAGGAAGUAAUGGAGACAAAGAGACUGGAAUAAACAAUGAGGUCCUCUCAUGUAGGAUAUAAGAGGAAGUGAAGCGAGGGGAGGAGGAGAGGGGUAGUAGUGGUGGCAGUUGCAUCGGCGACGGAGGUGACGAUGGUGGUAACGGCGACGACCGAGGUGACGAUGGUGGUAGUGGCGACGACCGAGGUGACGAUGGUGGUAGUGGCGACGACCGAGGUGACGAUGGUGGUAGUAAUGAUGGUGGUCGCGGUGGUAGCUGUGGAGGGCCAAGCAUGGCAGUGGCUAGCAGGCAGGCAGGGAAGUGUGCCAGACUCAGUGUGUCUCCGGUCGUGGCAGGAGGCUGGUGUGGUGGCGCUCUCUGGCACAGUCGCUGAUGUGAGUGUAUGUGAGAGAGAGAGAGAGAGAGUCGCGGCGAGGCUGAACAGAGAGAUCCAGUAGGAGGGUGAUGCAACGUCAACGAUCCCUUGCAGUGAACGAGUGAGUCAUUACUGCUGAAGAUCAUAUCACUAACAUCAGUAUAAGAAAUCCAGGGAAGCUUGAGGCCAAUCAUUAUUACCUGUAGAAGAGACCUAGUGAGGCUUGCAGUCCUCCACUACUAGGAGCAGAAGACAGCCAGGGGAAGCUGGCGACGAGCCACUACCCUUAGUAGAAGGCAUACAGGAAAGACUGAGGCCAGCCACUACUAUUAAUAUAAAGCGGGGAAGGUCUGAGACCUUUUGUAACCACUGGUAGAGGAAGGAAAUCAGGGAGACUUGAGGACCACCACUAUAACCGGCAGAAGGAAAGAAGGAAGCAAGGGGAAGCUGGUGGCAAGUCACCCUUAACUGCCUGUAGAAGGUUGGGGCAUCUGGUCGCGUGCCACUGGUGGGAGCGGCUUCUAUGCGAUCCUGUGUCUUCUUCCUGGAAUGACCCUGAAAUCUAUCCAUCAAAUUCAUCAUCAGUAAGAAGCGUCCAGUGAGAAGUCCCGCGAGAGAUGGUCGCGUCUUGCAGGUGCUCAUCGCUGCGGCUCCUAUUCCCUGAUCUAUGAAGAUGAGACUGAGAAAUUGAGACCACAAUGGGUUUCUUAAGGUUGGCUCCCCCGGUGGUGCGGGUGGGUGGACGAAGCUGCUUUGACGCCCAACAUGCCGCCCUCACGGCCGCUCUCUACACUAUU